AUGAUGUCGUUUGGCAAGGUUUGUCUUGCGGGGCUCCUGAUCCUGGUCCACCUAAACCAUUGUAUCGGAAAUACGGACAGGACCAUCUACUACCGGAAUACCCCGCCCGAUCCCUUUGGUCACUACAACUUCGAGUUCCAGACCACCAAUGGCAUCACCACCAAGGGAGCCGGGAAUGAAAAUGGAGCCGUCGGCGUGGUUCAGUUCGUGUCCCUCGAGGGAAUUCCCGUGACCUUCUCCUACGUGGCCGAUGCGAAUGGCUACCAGCCCACCGGAGAUCUCAUUCCGGCCAUUCCGCUGCACGUCAUCCGCCAAUUGGAGUACAUCCGCUCACAUCCGCCGGUGGACGAGCGUCGGUCGAGGCGUUGGUAA